UUCACUUAGUAGAACAUCUGACCAUAGUUCUCAUGGACAUUUUGGCUUGAAGUUCCCUUUUUCAGAAAUACAAUUAGCAAUAAACGAUUUUGAUGGAAGUUUGAUUAUAGGGUCGGGUGGGUUCGGUAUGGUCUACAAGGGAGUGCUCAAAGACAAUGUAAAGGCUGCUGUCAAGAGAGGCAUGCCUGGAUCCAGACAAGGCCUUUCAGAAUUCCACACUGAAAGAAAUUUUUGUGAAGAAAAUUCAGAAAUGAUACUUGUCUAUGAGUAUGUUGAAAAAGGUUCACUGAAAAAGCAACUAUAUGGCUCAGCAAAACUGCCACCUCUUUCUUGGAAGCAGCAUCUAGAGAUAUGCAUUGGUGCCGCUAGAGGACUCCAUUAUCUUCACACUGGUUUUGCUCAGGGAAUCAUCCACCGCGACAUUAAAUCAACCAACAUAUUGUUGGAUGAAGAUUAUGUUGCCAAGGUUGCUGACUUCGGUCUUUCAAGAUCUGGGCCGUGCAUCAAUGAAACACAUGUGAGUACCGGUGUGAAAUGCAGUUUCAGUUAUCUUGAUCCCGAGUACUACCGGAGGCAGCAGCUUACAGAUAAAUCAGAUGUUUAUUCGUUCGGGGUUGUGCUUUUUGAGGUACUAUGUGGCAGACCUGCUGUUGAUCCGCAACUCACCAGGGAACAGGUGAGUUUAGCAGAAUGGGCACUUUAAUGGCUGAAGAAGGGCAUGCUGGAGCAUAUUAUCGAUCCGCGUCUUGUUGGACAGGUCAAGCCGAGCUCGUUAAAGAAAUUUGGCGAAACAGCAGAGAAAUGUUUGGCUGAAUAUAGUGUUGACAGGCCAACUAUGGGUGAGGUCUUGUGGAAUUUGGAACAUGCACUUCAGCUCCAAGAAAGUGGACAAUGAAGGGAGCGACAUGCUGAUAGCAGCAACAAUGAAGCAGUGGAUGAGACAACUACAAGUUUUUCUGAGAAUCCUUCUACUAACAGCAGAACAGGAAGAGAUUAUGAUAAUGGUUGUCCAGACAUAAGUAGUAGUGAUGUGUUUUACCAGCUAAUGACCAAUGAUGGCAGAUAGAGAUAGGUAAAUGCUGCAAAUGUAAGUAUGUGUUUGGAUAUCGAUUGAGUUAACAAUGGCGCUAGCGAGUAUCCAAACAUAGCCUAAGCAGUUCUUGCAGAAGUAUUGAAAAAGCAAAAAUCACAUGGCUAAAGAGUUAUUACAACAUUACCUAGGCUUCAAAUUUUUUGUUGAUCAGUUUUUUUGUCUUUUAAAGAAAUUGCAUCAAAACCAUGAAUAUUUACUCGUGGUAGACUGCUAUAGGCUCCUUAUAUUGCACUGGUUCAUUGAUAGUUUCUUACAAAUGUUUGAAUAUCUUGUUGCUUGGCAUUGGAGGGAUGCUUUAAAUCUAUUGUUGUAUACUUUAUUCUUUUAUG